CUCUCCUCCCUCCCUCUCUCUCUCCACCCUCUCUAUUCUCCUUGCUCAUCGAGUCGGAGCAGAUUUGAUUGUGAUGCUAAACUGACCGGGGAAGAAGAAGCAGGAGAGUUUCUGACAACCGGUGAAGUCUGAUUGCUCGUCUUGCGACGCGGAGGUGUGUAGCGACACCCCGGCAGUGAGGUUGGAGGGUGACUGAGGGGUUUCGGGGUGUUAGUGGCCACUUUCCCGGCCACUUGUUGCAGUCUGGCCGGAGAACAAGUGCUCCCAGAAUGCGCGGAAUGCGCUCCGCAGCCGACGGGUUGGUCGUGUUUUUUAACCCGACGAGGAAAUGAUUUACAGCAUACAUUCUGGGUAUUUGACGUAGUUUUUUUUAUUCACACGUUCCUGAACCUUAAUAGUCCAUGAACUAGGACGUGUUAGACUCCGUAACUCGGACUACCGGGGCUACUUGUCAACUUUCCCUCCGCUCCGGCGUCCUCCAUGGACCACGGGGCCGGGCAUGGAUAGCAGCGCUAGCGGCAGCUCGGAGCUCCACACCGGGGGAGUGGGGCUGGUGGAGGCCCGGCUCCGGGGCAGCAGCUCGGAGCUCCACGACGGGGGAAUGAUGCUGGUGGAGGCCCAGCUCCGGGGCGGCGCCCCCUGGGGCUUCACCCUGCAAGGGGGGCUGGAGCAUGGCGAGCCGCUCAUCAUCUCCAAGGUGGAGGAAGGGGGUAAGGUGUGUAGCCUGCAGCACCCCCUGCUGGCGGGAGACCAGCUGCUGCUGAUCAACCAGGUGGAGCUGAGUGGAUCCAGACAGGAAGCUGUCUCUCUGGUCAAAGGUUCCCAUCGCACCCUGCAGCUCACUGUAUGCAGGGAGAGUGCACCUCUGUCCUCUCUGGAAGAUUGGGAUUCGGCACCUGAACCCCACUUCAUUACUCCUCCUCCUGGUCCUGGUCCUGGUCCUGGUCCUCCUCCUCCUCCUCCUCCUCCUCCUCCUCCUCCUCCUCCUCCUCCUGCUCAGCACACAGACCAGGCUGCGACCAGAGCGGUCCAGUUAUGCACCAAUACCAGGCACAGUGAGCCCACCUCCCGCCCACACUCCUGGCACGCCACCAAGCUAGGAGGGGGUGGGCUGCACCCAUCCCAGCUAGAGGAGCUCUGUCCUGGGGGCCUGGGGGCCCUGCACACCCCCUGGCAUCAAGGGUACCAACACCACCAUUCCAGUGUGUCCACCACAGACCUGUCUGCUGGGUGGGACUCUGGGUUCAGCUACCUGAGGAGGAGUCCAGAGCAGUACAGCUCCCGGGAGAGUCUGGACAGCCUGGACGCCCCGCCCCCCCCCCAGAGCCGGGCUGGACCCCGGGACCCCCCCCUCGACCCCCAUGACCACAGGGAACACCAACCCGCCCCCCCGCAUCCAUCCACCAGGUCCUCCCACAGCAUGGACCUCCUGCACAGCAAGAGGGACUCGGCCUACUCCUCCUUCUCCACCUCCUCCAGCAUCCCCGACUACCUGGCCUCCGCCCCCUCGCUCAGCUCCGAGCGCUGCUACUCCCUGGAGAGUGUCUCCCCCCGGGGGAGGGAGGGGGAGGGACGCUACUCCCUGGAGAGUGUCUCCCCCCGGGGGAGGGAGGGGGAGGGACGCUACUCCCUGGAGAGUGUCUCCCCCCGGGGGAGGGAGGGGGAGGGACGCUACUCCCUGGAGAGUGUCUCCCAGCGGGGGAGGGAGGGGGAGUGUCCCCAUGGCCACGCAGGCUUCAUGCGCUCGGAGCUCACCUCUGCUGCGUCGCUAGGCAACAGUCUAUCCCAGGAUAGGGGCGUGGUGAAGAUAGAAUCUGGGGGCGGGGUCUUUUACCAUGGCAACUGCAGUAGUGGUAGCAGUGGCGGGGUCCACGGGUCGAAGCGCCACAGCGUGGGGCCCAUCUGGGGCCCGACGGCCGGCCCCAGCUCCUCAGACCCCCUGAAGGAGGCCCCGGCCCCCCCCCACCGCAGUGACAGCUACCGGGCCACCAGGACCCACGAGAGACCCAGCUCCUGGUCCAGCCUCGAGCACGGGCGCUCGCUACGGUCGCUACAUAAAGGCUCCUGGCAUCACUCCAGUGGCUCUGUGGCUCCAGCCAAAGGCUCGUACGCCGCCGACGUCCAGCUGCACACCGUGGUGGAGAAGAGCCCCGAGAGCAGCCCCACGCCCAGGCCUCGCCAGGGGGGGGGGCUGCCCGGGGCCCCCGGCACCAGCCCCGUACCCCUCCCCUACAGCCAGGGCCCCCCGGCCGCGGGGGCCAGGGACCCCCUCCAUCAGCUCCAGCAGGGCGGGGGGGCACGGAGCGGGGGGGAGGAAGAGGAGGGACGGAGGGGCAGGGAGAACGGGCUCCAGAGCAGCCUGGGUCCUGCCGCACCCCCCCACCUGUCCUCCUCCUCCUCCUCUUCCUCCUCGUCUUCGUCCGGUCCCCUCAGGAGGACGCUGCAGGGGGCAGACAGGGCUGAAGACCCCCCGGUCUCCCCCAGGGUCGCCCAGGGCCAGGCCCCUGCUCGCCCCCCCCACACAUCAUCAUAUCCCCAGCCCAGCGCCCUGGCCCCCCCGUCCUGGGACCAGCAGGAGACCCCCCUGACUCGGCUGGAGAUGGCGCUGGCAGAGGUCCAGCGGUGCGCCGGCUCUGACAGCGUUUUCACUCCCGCCAGUAGCCAGGAGGGUGGUAGCCAUGCCAACAGCGGUGGUAGCCAGGCCAACAGCGGUGGUAGCCAGGCCAACAGCGGUGGUAGCCAUGCCAACAGCGGUGGUAGCCAUGCCAACAGCGGUGGUAGCCAGGCCAACAGCGGUGGUAGCCAAGCCAACAGCGGUGGUAGCCAUGCCAACAGCGGUGGUAGCCAGGACAGCGGCGUGAGCCUGUCCGUCCUGGAGAAGGUUUGCCGCUUUGAGAGGCGGGAACACGGCGUGAAGCAGCGUAGCCUCAGCAGCCGCAGCUGCAGCCUGCAGUUCAAGAAUGAGCCGGGUCAGAGUGGGAGGAGCUCCCCCUGUGGAGCGGAGGACCUCCGGAACAUGCUGGAGAGGAGCAGCUCCAAAGCCCACCGCACCAUGAGCUACAGGGGGCGGAGCAGUGACCCACCACCACACAGGGGCCAAGCUGACCCCAGCUCGGUGCUGCUGAGGAGCCGCAGCACCUUCCACCUGAGAGAGCCCCCCCCAGAAGAGAGCCAUCAGCCCCUCUGUGCUGCUGGACAGCCCCCACACACCCUCCCCCACCUAGACCACGCCUUCAGCAGCUCCUACAGGGACUCCCUGAAGGACGCCCAGUCCAGGGUGCUGGGCUCCACCUCCUUCAGACGGAGGGACCUCAGCUCCUCCUCCUCUGGCCUCCUGUCCCCCACCAGCUACCUCUCCCUGGAGAAGAGGGGUCCCAAGACCAAACCCAAACCCCAGUGCCCCGUCCCGACCUCCGGCCCCCCGCCCCUCGCGUCCCCUCACACCCCCAGGGAGAGGCACACCGUGGGCCCCCCCGCCCGGCCCGCCGCCGCCCCCGCCGCCGGACCCCCGCUGCUAGGCCGGGUGUGCGGCCGCAAGCGCCUCAGCGUCCAGCAGAAGAAGAGGUCCUACUCAGAGCCGGACAGCCUGCACGAGGUGGGGGUGUCGGACCCCGAGACCAGCGCCCUCUUCAGGAGGGGAGAGAGCAGCGUGGCGGACCGCAGGCGGCUGUUUGAGGGGGCGGCGCCCGGGGGCAGCCUGUGUGGGGACGGGCCCCGCCCCCAGAGCACUGGGCCCCGCCCCCAGAGCGCCGGGCCCCGCCCCCCAGCCCUACGGCAGGCCCAGCAGGACGCGCUGGCCCAGUACAUCCAGAGGAAGAGGAACGAGAGGAGGGAGCAGGACAGGCCUCAGAGACCCCACAGCUGCCUGCAGCCGGACCCCGAGAGAAGGACAGAAACCUCCAGUCUGUCCUCCGCCUCCAGCCUCCUGUCCCUCCAGGAGUCCUGCCCGGACUGGAGCCUCGUUCCUGGGGAGGGAUGGCUGGGCACCCCCCUGACCCCUGGAGCUCAGAGCAGCAUGAGGUCUACCAGACCCCCGUCCUCGGGCACUGACCCAGCCUCCCCGCCCCCCCUCCACGCUGGGGUGCCCUGCUUAGUCCAAGCCCCAGCAAGACCCCUCCAGGGCCCCCCCUCGGACCAGGGCCCCCCCCCGGAUCAGGGCCCCCCCUCGGACCAGGGCCGCUCCCAGCAGGUGCCCGGGGCCCUGCAGGGGCCCCUGGCCACCAUGCUGGGCUCCACAGAGGAUCCUCCGGACAAGAGAGAGACGGGCGAUCGACUCCACCGCGGUUUUUCAACCGCCCAACAGGACGUCAGAGAGGUCUCCAUGACAACGCUUCCGACAUCUGAAGCCCUGCAGCAACCUGAUAGACCAAUGACCGCUCAGACUCCAGAGGGACACGCCCCCUCCUCAGACCCCGCCCACCACCACUACCAGGGGGAUGUCAUUCCUGCCAUCCCUGCGUUCGCAGCUCCUCAAGCAGGAGCGAGCGAGUCUAACCCACCUGUCACCAGGAGAGAGAGGCCUCAUAUCUCCUCCCCGCUGGCUGCCUCGGUGGGCCUCCCCUCCCCCCUGCCUCACCCUACCUCCCCCUCGCCCCGCCCCGCCUCCCCCCUAUAUCACCCCGUCACCUCCGCCCCGAGGCUACUGAACACUAACGGGAACGGUGUCACGGUGGAAACCAUGACAACGGCGGUGACGGAGGACAGUGACAGGGUGAACCGCUUCUCCCUCCCCCUCCCUCCCUCCCCGCCCUCCACCCAGCAUUGCCUCUCCUCCCUCAGGACCUCAGAGUCCCACCUCCUCAGCCUAUCAGAGCCCUCGGAAGUGUGCCAAUCGGAAAAUGACACAGACGAGGUCUUCCCUCCUUUUCCGCAUCAUCUACCAAUCACAGAGAGCGACAUCACAAAGUAUCCCCCUCCCCCUCCUCCUCAGCAGGAGGUGCUGGGGGCCGCUGGCCUUACUUGCAGUUUCCAUGGAGACCACCCCUUAACCAUGGUGACCACUGCCUCGGUCGGCCCGUCUCCUCAUCCUGUCGCCUGCUCAGUCCCUGGGGACAUCAUCUCCCAGGAGGCCCCGGAUAGCCUGGGGCUAAAGUACCAGCCUCUGCCCAGGAGAGAGCCCUCUGCCCUGGAGCUGAGGGUUCAGGUCCUGCUGGGCCAGCUGGUGUCGAGGGAGCGCUCGCUGGCGCCCCUGCUGGACACCGUGGGGAUUGAGAGGACCGUAGAGCUCAUGGAGGAAGUGUUCCACGGCUCGGCACCGGCUGGUAGAUCACCAUGGCAACGCAAGGACGGCAGCCUAUGGGGCGAGCACAGAAGCCAAGAUGGAGGAUCCCCUGGCGGCCUGGAGACAGAUCUAGAUGACGAGGAGAAAGACCUCAACGUAACCAAGGUGGCGCUGUGUGCGGCCCUGAGGAGCAGUGUGGAGGCGCUGCAGGAGGAGAAGGAGGGGCUUCAGGAGGAGCUCCGGCAGCAUCGGGCGCUGGGCGCCGGCCUGGAGGCCCUGGUCCAGGACCGCUGCCGGCCCAACGAGAGGGAGAAGUACCGCGUGUUCACAGGAGACCUGCAGAAGGUGGUCAACCUGCUGCUGUCCCUGUCGGGCCGCCUGGCCCGGACCGAGGUCGCCCUGCACCACCUGGAGGACAGACAGGAGGACGACACAGGGGAGAGGGCCUCCCUCCUCCUGAAGCGCUCCCAGCUCCUGUCCCAGAGGGAGGACGCCCGGGAGCUGAAGGACCACCUGGAGCGCCGGCAGCGGGUGGUCCGCUCGCUGCUGUCGGCCCGCCUGGGCCCCCCCCAGCUGCUGCUGUACGGCCGGCUGGUCAGCGCCACGCCCUCCCUGCUCAUCCGACAGCGCCACUUGGACGACCUCAUCCGGCAAGGGGAGGAGCAUCUGGUGCUCGUCAAGGAGACCCUGCCCCCCCACCUGGCCGGGGAGCCGUCCUCUGGCCCCGCCCCCUUCCCCUCCCUAGCCACGCCCCAGAGCCACGCCUACGCAGGCCGCGGCACCGCUGUGACGUCGCUGUGACUGCGCCGCGGACAUUAACGGAGCGUUGUGGGUUGUGGGCGUGGCUUUGGCUUGGGCGAAGAAGAAGGCCGGGCAGGACUGAAGGAGGUCAAGAACUACUGAUCAUCGGAAACAUGAAGGAACGUAUUUAUAGUAGCUGCUUCUCCUCCCCCCUCCGCUCCCCCUCUCCCCGAGGGACAGCUCUUUGGCUCACCCUGACGGCUCCUUAAUAAACCAAUCCCUGUUCAGCAGCAGAUCGAGCGCGGAGCAUGCUGAUUGGUCGAGCAGGGAGCAUGCGCACUGUUUUGUUUUUGACAGCCAGACGUGAGAAUGAAAUGAAGCCAUCCGUUAAAAACGGUCAUAUCAGAGGCUUUGCUACACCACCCACUCUGCAGCAGCUUUUAGCACACACACAAACACACACGCAAACACACACACCCAGCUUGCCUUAUUGCCACCACAGUGGUGUAACAAUGUUUUGUUGUGUAGUGUUGUUUCACCACAGAUCAGAGUGUGUUUUGAUGUACUGUACCGUGUGCUUUAAGAAGAGGCCACAACCUCCUUGUUCUACAAAAUAAAUCCGUUAUCAAAGACA